CCCGCUCCUCCGCCGCCGCCACCCACGGUCCCGGCUCGCCCGUGCCGAGCGGUCGCGAUGGUGUUCCGGUGCCAGCGGGACAGCUGGGCCCGGCAGUUCGCCACCAGGGUGGUGUCGUGCCGGGCGGCGGAGCUGCGGCCCGAGGGCGGCGGGGAGCCGGUGCGCGGCUUCCAGGUGGUGCUGGAGGACACCAUCCUCUUCCCCGAGGGCGGCGGGCAGCCGGACGAUCGCGGCCUCAUCGGGGACGUGCCGGUGCUGCGCGUGACGCGGCGGGGCCCCGAGGCCGUGCACUUCGUGCCGGCCGCGCUGGAGCCGGGCGCCGAGGUGCUGCUGUCGCUGGACUGGGAGCGCCGCUUCGACCACAUGCAGCAGCAUUCAGGACAGCAUCUCAUCAGUGCCAUUGCAGAACAGAUGUUUGGAUUCAAGACGACUUCAUGGGAGCUGGGCCGUCAGCGAAGUGUCAUUGAGCUGGACACCCCCUUGGUGACAGCAGAGCAGGUCGAGGCUCUGGAGAAGAGCGUGAACGAGAAAAUCCGGGACAGGGUCCCUGUGACAGUGAGGGAACUGGCUGCAGAUGACCCUGAGGUUGAAACGGUGAGGAGCCGGGGGCUGCCCGAUGACCACGUAGGGCCAGUGCGUGUGGUGGACAUCAAAGGCAUCGACUCCAACCUGUGCUGUGGGACUCAUAUCUCCAACCUGAGUGACCUCCAGGUUAUUAAACUCCUUGGUGUGGAAAAAGGGAAAAAGAACAAAACCAACUUGGUCUUCUUGGCAGGAAACAGAGUGCUGAAGUCAAUUGAACAAAGUCACAGUACUGAGAAGGCUCUAACCUCCCUGCUCAAAAAUGGACCAGGUGAGCACGUAGAGGCUGUGAAGAGACUGCAGAGCUCUGUGAAGCUGCUCCAGAAGAAUAACCUGAACCUGCUUAGAGACAUUGCUGUUUUGAUAGCCCGGGACUUCAAGAACAAACCUACUCCAAAGCAGCUGUUUGUACUGCACAGGAAAGAGGGUGAUUCUGAAUUUAUGAACAUCAUUGCCAAUGAGAUUGGGACAGAGGAAACCCUGCUAUUCCUGACAGUGGGAGAUGAAAAAGAAGCAGGACUCUUCCUUCUAGCUGGACCUGUCGAAGCAGUUGAAAAUUUAGGUCCCAGGGUGGCAGAACUGCUGGGUGGGAAAGGAGCUGGGAAGCGCGGCCGCUUCCAGGGCAAGGCAGCCAAGAUGAGCCGGCGAGGAGAAGUGCAAGCUCUGCUCCAGGAAUUCAUUAGCAACCAAAACCCGGGAGCAUAAGAAACAAUUCUCAGAGUAGGUUUGUCUUACAUUUGUUUGCAUAGGCUGCACUAGCUUCUCUACCAGAGAAUAAAGACCUGAACCCAA